GGUGUCGCUCUCUUUCACCGUCUCUGUGCGAUGCCAUCGCGACUUGGGCUGUCACCUCAUGCCCAUGGCCAGUGUGUGUGUUAGACUCUCGGCCCCGCCAUUUUCCUGUCUUUCUUUCUUCCGUCUUCUUCUCUUUCGCCCUUCCCUCUCGUCCGUUCCAAGCCAUCUCUUCUCCUCUCUUCCUCAUCCGGAACCCGCGCCCUACUAGCCGUGGAAGAUUCCAUCAAUUCCACCACUCAACUUGCUCGGAACCAAGCGAAUAAAUAAUAACAUCUCCUUUCCCUUCCCUUCCCCUCCCCCUCACCAUCCCUUUUCAACGUUGCAUGUGUCUCGACCAUCAGUUGCUCUUCCUUUUCGCCACGUGCAGUCUUUAUCCAUCCGACCACGCCAACCUAACCUGCCCGAGGUCGCAUUUAGCUGCUUUCCUCGUCCAGUCUCAGACUCCCCAGACCAUCAAGCAAAGAGACGGAUCGAGACAACGCUUCAGUCCGUUCACCAUCAACACCACUUGUAUUCGUAUCUCAUUUGCCUCUCUCCGCCAGUUCAUCUGCAAAUUCGCCCCUGGUUCUAUCUGCCACGGCCAGCGGUCCCAAGACGGUGCAUUUGGCUGCCGCUCUCCCGCUGUCCGCUACAUUGCUUGUCGAGUCGAGACUCGGAACCAGGCCUAUUCUUACCCUAGUAUUAGGUACUCGGACAUCCAGGCGCAACCCUAGCACACCACCUCAACAGACGGUACAGCUCCUCAUUUGCCCUCGCCUGCAUCGAACCGCAUAGCCUGGGCUCGAAUCAGGAACCGACCUGCACCAGACAGUUGGUCAUUCAGCCAGGGCGCAGUUUCCAGCCCAGCGAAUGACGCACACUCCUGCCGCCGCUCUGUCAUCGUCAGAAAUCGAAUCACCUUGUACCAGCAGCCCGUGUUCGGGGGUCUCGUGGCAUCCUCCCACUUGACCGCGUGACAACACAACUUCUUUUUCUGCCCAACCCAGCAACGAACAAACACUUGUCAUUGCCAUUGCAAAUUCGAUCCGCCAUUUAUAUACUCUUUCGUCGUCUGUCAAUUAGCCGACCCAGUCUAAACACUCGUCAGUCAAUCGAUCGAGCUGACCUCCCCGCAUUGAACGAACGCUUCCCCAGCUUGCCCCGCUAGUGGGCCUGUUCGAAACCGACUUUCCGAAUCGCUUCACUUCCGAGUCGUCGCGGCUUGACGCUCAACGACCGAAGAGAUGCCUUCAUCUCAGUCUCAGUCCCCCAGGAGGGGCCGUCCGAUGCCAUCAAUCGCCCAGAGCACCGAAUCUGCACCGUCGAAUCCCAAGGAGAGAGGCGUACGCAGUGAGCGAUCGCCGCUGCUCUCCUCCAACAACGACGAUGAAGGCUACUUUGAUCAUCAUGCGGUCCUGGCAGCGCAGCAGGAAGAUACACAGCAAACCAAGAGCGUAUGGUACCUGAUUCUCCUGACCAUUAGUAUCGGUGGUUUGCAAAUCGCCUGGUCUGUCGAGUUGUCCAAUGGCUCUCCCUAUUUGCUAUCCCUUGGAUUGAGCAAGUCGCUGAUGGCCCUGGUGUGGAUUGCUGGCCCGCUUACCGGCACCUUGGUUCAGCCCUAUGUCGGUAUGCUCAGCGACAAUUGCCGACUCUCGUGGGGCAAGCGGAAACCCUUCAUGGUCGGCGGGGCUAUCGCGACUAUCAUCUCUCUCAUGUUCCUGGCAUGGACUAGAGAAAUUGUGGGUGGUAUCAUGAGCCUCUUUGGCGCUGAUGUCGAAUCUGUCGCCGUCAAAAACACCAUUAUUUGCGUGGCCGUAGUGGGCAUUUACGUCCUCGAUUUCGCCAUCAACACCGUGCAGGCCUCUAUUCGAGCUUUCAUUGUGGACUGUGCUCCGGCUCACCAGCAAGAAGCUGCCAACGCCAUGGCGAGUCGCAUCACCGGUUUUGGAAACAUUGUCGGCUACAUUGCUGGCUACAUCAACCUCCCUACGUACCUUUGGUUUCUGGGUGACAGCCAGUUCAAGGUCCUAUGCGCCAUCGCCAGCAUUGCCCUUGCGGCGACUAUUGCAGUGAGCACCACGUUGAUCAAGGAGCGCGACCCUCGACUGGAAGGCCCACCAGCUUCGGGCAAGCCUGGUGUGUUUUCCUUCUUCGGCAAAAUCUUUACAUCGAUCAAGCGUCUGCCGCCUCAGAUCAGGAAGGUUUGCCAAGUUCAACUAUGCGCAUGGGUCGGCUUUUUCCCGCUUCUUUUCUAUACCUCGUCGUACAUUGGUGAGAUUUAUGUCGAGCCGUACCUCGAGGCUAACCCCCACAUGACGCCGGAGGAACUCGACCAGCUGUACGAAAGAGCAACUCGUAUCGGAACCUUUGCCCUGCUCAUCAAUUCCGUCGUCAGCUUGCUCACGAACGUCUUUCUCCCGUUCUUCGUCGCACCCACCUACGACAGUCAACCACUUGGUGAUCUCCCAGGAGACAGUGACAGUGGAGAGUUCGGUGAUGAAAAGGCGUCCUGGUUGGAUCGCCUGCAGAUCCCCGGCUUCACCCUCAAGCGGGCUUGGUUUGCUUCUCUGAUUCUCUUCUCGGGCGCCAUGUUCUGCACCGUCAUUGUUCGUACGGUAGAAGCAGCCACGGCCUUGAUCGGUUUGGUCGGAAUUACCUGGGCAAUGACACUUUGGGCACCCUGGGCCAUCAUCAGCGCUGAGAUCAGCCGGAGAGAUGCAAAGAUUCGCCAGAGAAAGCAACGACAAUUCAGCCCCGGCAGAGGCGAUGGCCCGGCGUCGCCCUCCACCAUCGACUCUACCGCCGAUUCUGACCAGACCGACUUGAGCGACAGUGAGGAGGCAGACCAGGCCGGCGUCAUUUUGGGCAUUCACAACAUGGCCAUCGCUGCGCCCCAAAUCAUUGCCACCGUUGGAUCCAGCAUCAUCUUCAGGAUUUGGCAGAAGCCUCGCGGAACCCCAGGCGAUCACUCCAUCGCUAUCGUGUUGGCCCUCGGUGGCAUCGCCGUGCUUAUCUCUUCCUUCUUCGUUGCUAGCAUCAAGGAAAGCGCCUCCUUGCCAGCAGACGCCAUGGUCGCGGCCGAGGAGGGUGAUCCUGCCACUCCCGGAAUCCGUCCCGGCACGGGUCGCAGCCGCAAUAAGAGCUACGAGCAUCUCCCGCGAGCCAGUAUCAAGCGUGCGACCCUCACGAGGAACAAGAGUUUUGGUGGUGCCGAGUAUUAAAAGUGCUUGGAAAUACACUCAUUUGGCGUUGGGUUUUGCGGCGCUUGAACAAAGGGGAACGAGGUUUCUACUUUGUAAUUGGGUUGGAUUUAGGAAACAUGCGAGGAGUUUGGGCAUAUGAAAUGACCAUCGAGGCGGAAAAGGAAUUGCCACGCCACUUUUUCUUCUUCUUUUCACUGAUGGAUUCUCGAGUUGGGAUGUUUUUGAAUCGGGUAACACGGAGCGGACCAAGGGAGCAACAGCGAUGGGAUGAUGGGGAACGCAUAGGGGCGAUUUUCCUUUUGUCCUUCACCACCACUUCUAGAAUGCGAGAGGAGGAAGGGGUCAUGAGGCUGUAGACCACACGAUACAUGAGAAGCAGCUUUUUAGCUGCUUAGAAUGAUAACGGCACGCAGCCGACACAAUACCAUUCCAGAUGCAGCGAUGGCCAUGUUCACUUGCGUUGUUUGGCGAUGCUUGGCGAGGUCACAUGUAGACAUGAAACAUUGAUGAAGUGAU